CCACCAUGAAGCAAUCAAGAAAAGUACGUACUUGGAUGAAAGACCUUGACUUUGAGUGUGAACCACGUAUUAGCUGGCUUUUGAAAGUCCCUCAAAGCUAACUAUUCCCAUAAUCUCAGCCUUGUUUUGUUUUGCUGUUGUUGCUGCUAGAAAAUGGAAGCAGCAGCAAGCAUAGUUUUAUCCCCUGCUUUGCAAGUGAUCUUUGACAGAUUGGCAUCCCCAGCCCUAGAAAAGCUUGCUGAUAUAUGGGGUGUCAAGGACAACUUCCACAGCCUACGAGAUGCCUUGAUGAGGACUCAAGCUAUUCUUCAAGAAGCAGAGGAGCAACAAAUAACCAACAAAUAUGUGAGGCUUUGGUUGUCAAACCUCAAGAAUGCUGCUUCUGAUGCUGAGGACCUUCUGGACUUUUUUAUCCCUCGCAAAAGCGUCAUCCAAUUACAAAAGGCUCUGAAAAGAUUAUUAGAAAACCCAGUGAGUUCUUUAACUGCAGUUUUCGGUUUUCCAAUUACAAAAGGCUCUGAUGCUGAAAAAAUUAAAAAGGCACUCCACAGAUUAGAAAAGACGAUAAAUGAGGGACUCUCGACAUUUAAUUUUAGCAAGCCAAAGAUAUAUGGAGAUCGACGACCUGGCACGAGGGAGUCUGUCUCUUGCGUCGACUACUCAAAUAUAUAUGGAAGAGAUAAUGAGAAAGAGCAGUUAGUCAAACUGUUACUAUCUUCUGAAACAUCCCAGGAUGGAUAUGCAACUUGUAUUCCAAUAACUGGUAUUGGAGGAAUUGGCAAGACCACUCUUGCUCAGUUGGCAUAUCAUGAUGAGAGGGUCUCCCAACACUUCGACUCUAGAAUGUGGAUUUUUGUUUCUCAGGAUUUCAAUGUCAAGAAGAUUAUGAAGGCAGCCAUUGAGCUUGCAACAGAGGAUAAAUGCAAGUCAUCGGAGAUGGAACUGCUUCAGUCUCGGCUUUCGAAAUUGCUGCAGAAGAAAAGAUAUCUGAUCGUGUUGGAUGAUGUUUGGACAGAAGACCAGGAUGAUUGGGACAAACUAAGACCUUUGUUUACUGCGGGUCUUAAUGGAUGCAAAAUAAUCGUCACUACCCGCAGUCAAAAAAUUCCAUUAAUGAUAAACUUCCCACAUUCACCACAGUUUGUUUUGAACGGUUUGACGGAUGAUGAUUGCUGGUCUUUGUUCAAGCACGGGGCAUUUGGACGAGAAGAAGAAGAAGUGAAGUAUCCAAAUCUUACACGGAUUGGAAAGGAAAUUAUCAAAAAAGUUGGAGGUAUGCCAUUAGCUGCGAAAAGUUUGGGAAGCUCAAUGCGGCCGAAAAGAGAAGAAAGACAGUGGUUAUUUAUGCGAGAUUGUGAACUUUGGGAAUUAGAUGAAAGCCAUCAUAAAUUUUUCCCUGCCCUGAUGUUGAGUUUACCAUCACAUCUUAGACAAUGCUUUGCAUUCUGCUCAUUAUUUCCCAAAAAUUAUGAGUUCAAGAAGCAGAAGUUAAUUCAUCUAUGGAUGGCAGAAGGCUUCAUUCCAGAAGAGGGAAGCAAGCGACCUGAAGACAUUGGUGACGAAUACUUUUCCGAAUUGUUGUGGAUAUCUUUCUUGCAAGAAGUACGGCUACAUGAAGGUGGAGAAACAAUUGGAUACAAGAUGAAUGAUAUCAUUUAUGAUCUUGCACGAUAUGUUGCAGGAAAAGAAUAUGUGGUACUUGAACAGGGUUCGCCAAAAAAUUGGUCACCAGCAGAGAUUCGCCACGCAUCUGUUGUUUAUAGAUAUGGUGCAAUUACAAUUCCAGAAACUCUAUAUGAAGCAAAACAUUUGCGAAAUCUCUUAUUGAUCGGCGAUUCUGGCAGGUUAGAGAACGGAGAUAAAAUUUAUUCAAGUUUUCAAUACUUGCGUGUGCUAGAUCUCAACAACUGUGAUGUUGUUGAUCUGCCAGAACGCUUGGGUGGCUUGAAAUGUUUGAGGUAUCUUGACUUGUCUUACACGCGCAUCUCCAAGUUACCUGUAAACAUAACUUAUCUCUUUUUUUUGCAGACCUUAAACCUAAUUUGUUGUCAUAAUCUUAAAUCUUUGCCAUUUUUUGGAAGCUUUACCAGCUUAAGACAUCUUAACUUAAGUGGAUGUGUAAGUUUGACAUAUAUGCCUUAUGGUAUUGGAAGCUUAUGUCAACUUCAGACAUUGCCACUUUAUGUCGCGUCGAAGCGAUCACAUAUAGGGGGUCUACAUCGUCUACAGAAUUCUUUGGGGAAUCUCCAUCUGCUGUUGGGUUUAGAUCUUUAUGGGGAGUUGAAUAUUACUCUCUUGGGGAAUAUUACUCGCUUGGCAAAUAUUACUCACUUGGUGAAUACACAUGGUGAACUUUUGAAUAAGAAGAAAAAUCUUGAGUCAUUGGGAUUAUACUGGGGUCUUGUUCUGCAAUUUAAAGAUUCGUUCGCCAAACCACCUAAAGCCCCAGCUGAAGUAGGUGUCUCAGGAUCACAUACAGCGCUGCAAGCUGAAAAACUUAUUGAAGGCCUGCAACCACAUGAAAAUCUAAAAAAUCUAGUUAUAAAUGGGUACCCAGGAACCAAAUUUCCUGAUUGGGCUCUCCCAAAUCUUGUCGCUGCUGAUUUCACCAAUUGUAGAAGUUGUAAAUAUCUUCCAGCCCUUGGGAAUCUUCUGCUACUUAAGACACUCUCUCUGCAUGGAAUGGAUGGGGUGAAGAAAAUUGGUAGAGAGUUCUAUGGUGACGGUAUAGACAUAUGGUUUCCAUCACUCGAAGAACUAUCAAUAAGUGAUUUUUCAAACUUGAAAGAGUGGUCAAGUACAAAUGAUGGAAAUGCAUUCCAUAGAUUGAAGAAAUUAGCUGUAAAGAGUUGCCCCAAGUUAGGACAUAUACCGUUACCUCAGUCCCUUCAACAUUUGGAGCUGCAGGAUUGUAAUCCUACGAUGGUGCUCAUAGCAGAUUUACGUUUGCUAUCUGUUCUUAUUCUUGACAAAAUUCCAGACCUAGUGUCUCUCCCGGAAGGGCUCUUCGCAUCAGCUAGUCUGUCUUCCAUUAAGAUUUUGUCUUGCCCCAAGCUUCAUUCAAUGCCUUUGGAGAUGCAAAACCUUAGUUCUCUGAAAUCUUUGACCAUUCGUUGGUGUGAAGAGCUGUCCUCUCUGCCACAAAGUUUACAGAAUCUCACAGCUCUGGAGUCACUGGAGAUUAGUAACUGUAACUGUCUAAUAUCCCUGCCAGAUUGUGGAAUUGGAGGUUUGGGCUCGCUUCGAACCUUGUCCAUUGAAAACUGCAGUAACCUGACUUCUCUGUCCUCGAGUUUGGAACUGCUCACAUUGCUUGAGCACCUGACCAUCAUGUACUGUCCAAAUCUUGGUUCUUUUCCAGCAGGUGUGCAACACCUCUCCUCCCUUCGAAGUUUGAUCAUUCUGAGCUGUCCUUGGUUUGAUUCUCUGCCAGAAGGAUUGCAAAAAGUCAGGACCCUGCACUGCUUGGAAAUUAGUAGCUGCCCCAAUCUAACAGCUUUGCCAGAAUGGUUUAAGGAUCUUCAUUCUCUUAAAUCUUUGACCAUAUAUGAUUGUCCUAAUUUGACACUACUGCCACUGGGUUUCAAUCUUCUCACUAAACUCCAGCACCUCUCUAUUCAAGAAUGUCCUGAGCUUCAGGAAAGAUGCAUACAAGGUAGCCAUGAGGAUUGGUUGAAAAUAGCCCAUGUCCCGCAUAAGUACAUUGGACCGCCUCAGGUAAAGCGGCCUCGCAAAGAGAGCACAUCGGGAAGCUCUUAUGUCCAAGCAUCUUUUCAGUAAGAAACUUCUAUUUCAUUGUCAUCAACAAGCUAUUAUCAUUAUGGGCCGCAGGGGUUGGAUGUUUUGGGGAGGGAGAUAGUGGCCAUAUGGGAAGGUUUAUUGAUGAUAGGCUUUUUGGGUUUUAAUCGUUUUUUAUUUGCAACUGCCUCCCAAGAAGCUGUUUCAAUGCUUAAUGGCAGAAUGGAUUGGUGGAGCAACAUUGGCAGUGUGGUGGAAGAUAUUAGACGGUUGGUGGUCGACAUGUAUGUGACGGAUGUUCUAUGUCAGCCUCGAAAGGGCAACAGUGUGGCGCAUGCUCUUAAUCAAUUUGGCUUGAAGGAAGGCUCCAGUUUUGUUUGGACGGCACCACCUUGGUUGGACUCUCUUCUAGGGAAAGAUAGGGAUGUGGGGUAUGGUGUUUUUUGUGUAUU